GGCCCAUUUCUAGCCUAUCGAGCGCGUCAGGUAAAAACCCUAUACCUCGCGGCGCCUCCUUCGCCGUCGCCGUGGCUUCCUUCCCGUCGUCGCCGGCUCGCUUUCUCACCUAGGCGCAGGCAGCCCUGCGUUCGCUCCCCGUCAUCGCCGGCUCGCUUCCUCACUGAGGCUCAGGCAGCCCUGCGUUCGCUCCCCGUCGGUCCUCGCUGGGAGCCACACCCAACGGGACAGGGGUGCACCGGCGCCGCCUCCAGCAUUAAUUCGUCGCAUCCAAGCAGGCGCCUCCCUCGCUCCUCGACAGGCUCCUCGGUGGUCGGUUGUUCUAGGCAGGUGGGAAGGCGGGAAGGAUGUUCGCGCUGAGCCAGAUCGAGCACGACCUGCCGAUGCCGCCGCACCUGCUGAGCCGCCCCCUCCCCGACGCCAUCAAAGCCGAGCUCGAGAGGCUCUUCUUGGACAAGGUAAUCGCAAACCUUGGGCUGUGCGUGUCUGUCUAUGAUAUCCGAUCCAUUGAAGGCGGUUCCAUCCAUCCAGGACAGGGCUGCUCGACCUAUAAAGUUUCAUUUCGUUUGCUAAUGUUCAAGCCUUUUAAUGGGGAGGUUCUUGUUGGGAGGAUUAUUGGAUAUGAUGAUAAGGGGUUGCAGGUUUCACUUGAUUUCUUCAGUGACAUUUCCAUACCUGGACACUUGAUGCAGUUUGGCACAGUAAGGGGACCAGAUGGUAGGUGGAUGCUGAAGACUGAAGAUGGCGAUGAGCUUUAUCUAGAUCUAGAUGAUGAGAUAAGGUUCUUGGUUUCUAGCACAAAAUACCCACGUAUCCCAAUUGACCAAAAGGAGGAUGACCCACCAUUUGCUCCAAUGCAAAUUGUUGGAAGUAUUAAAGGAGAUGGCCUUGGUCUUCUUGCUUGGUGGGCAGCUGAUGAAGAGGAGGGGGAGGAGGCGGCAGAGCAAGAGCAAUAGCAAUAGCAUUGUGUUGCUUUAGGGCUCACUUCGUGUAGUUUACAAAAUCAGCCUGGUAGCUGUAGUGUAGGUCAAAUUUCUAGGAUAAAUUAUGUAUGUAUGUAAUCCCCUGAAAUUUUCUUGAUAUCUGUCAGCUAUAUAAUCUGAUAGCGCAGAGAUCUCUCCCUGUAGGGCAUUUCAACAUGCCAGCACCACAGAAGUUCAUUUCUAACAGUGCUUGGUGUUACUCCCCAGCAAACAGCUGGGUAAAAGAUCUUAGAGUGGUGAAAGCGAUAUCUCAUGUAUAAUUUCCUGUGAAGUGAAAAACUGGUGGACACUGUAGAUUUUUUUUUUCCAGCAGUCAUGGUUGGCGCACUUUAUUGUCCUUUGCAGCUUGGUGGCUGAAAAA